AUGUCAUGUUACACGUCGUCUUUACUCCUUGCCGACAGUGAAAAGGAGGUCAAAGCUUCUGAAAGCCCUCAAGUCAGGUUCCCUGGAAGCAGUCCCGCGGUUGUGGGAUCAGAUUACCGCUGCGCCUGCGCCGCCUUCGCGCCGCCCGCACCGCCCGCACCGCGCAGGACAGUGGCGAUGGCUCGGGAACUCCUUCUGUGUAUAGUGGUGGUGGUGGUGGUGGUGGGCGGCGCCCUGGGGGAUGAGAUCGAGAUGGAGGUGAGGAGUGGCAGGGUGCUGAAGAUGCUCAGGGAGAUGGUGAACCAGACGGCGGCGGAUUCGCUCAACCUGCCCGCCAACGCCACCUCCAUACGAGAGAACAUCACCGAUACCUUCAGCUGCGAGAACCGCACGUACGGCUACUACGCGGACGUGGACAACGAGUGUCAAGUGUUCCACGUGUGCCUGCCCACGCAGACGCCCACCGGCCGCAACGUCACCUACCGCUACAGCUUCAUCUGCCCCGCCGAGACCGUCUUCAACCAGGAAGUACUAGUCUGCACCAGGACCAGAGACUCCAUACCCUGUGAGGAAUCACCGAGUUACUACGACUUGAACAUGGAAAUCGGAAAAGUAAACAAAGAGGACCAGAAGGUCCCAAAGGACACAGAAAUCGUACCAGUCAAAAAUCAAAAGAGACAACCGAUCAGAAGAAAGCAGAACAUUAUUCAGGAGCUGAUGAAGGAUGCGUUGGAGCAAAUGGAGGAGAUAGAAGAAAUCCCGGAAGAGAACAAUGAAAAUAUUGUCGCUUCGGAAAAUAUCGUUGGAGCAAACAACUUUUACAUUCCAUAUGCAACCAUAGCGGUGCCACCACCAGUACCAGUACCAGAAAGUUUCAAAGAAGUAGAUGACGGCAACACGAGACUAGGAACAGAGAGAUACUUGAGAUCCGGUAGAACGUUGUUUCGAGGUUCGAAGAGAUAUAGACCGGAGGAAUAAA